ACGGCGGCCAUGGAGGGCGGCGGCGGCGGCGGGCGGCCCUCGGCCCUGCAGGCCGCGCUGCUGGCCGCCAGCGCCGCUGUCACUGCUCUGCUCUACUCCGUGUACCGGCAGAAGGCUCGCGUCGCCCGCGGCCUGCAGGGUGCCAGGAGGGUUCAGCUGGACGGGGAUCUGCGGGCAGUGCUGCUGGAGGCGCCGGGCCGAUGUGUGCCCUACGCGGUCAUCGAAGGUGUGGUGAGAUCCGUUAAGGAGACCCUGAGCAGCCAGUUUGUGGAGAACUGUAAAGGUGUUGUUCAGAGGCUGACACUGCAGGAGCACAAGAUGGUGUGGAACCGAACAACCCAUCUCUGGAACGACUACGAGAAGCUGAUCCAUCAGCGAACCAACACCACCCCCUUCGACCUGGUGCCAACCGAGGAGGGCGCCGGCGGCGUCGCCGUGCGGGUGAUGAAGCCUCUGGAAGCUGCUGAGCUCAGCCUGGAGACAGUGUAUGAGAAGUUCCACCCCUCCGUGCAGUCCUUCACCGACGUCAUCGGGCACUACAUCAGCGGCGAGCGCCCCAAGGGCAUCCAGGAGACGGAGCAGAUGCUGAAGGUGGGCACGGCCCUGACGGGAGUGGGCGAGCUGGUCCUGGACAGCGCCACCAUCAAGCUGCAGCCACCCAAGCAGGGCAUGCCCUACUACCUGAGCACCUCUGAUUUCGACUCCCUGCUGCACAGACAAGAGGCCAACGCUCGCUUUUGGAAAACCCUCACUGUCCUCUUCGGCUUUGCCACCUGUGCCAUCCUCUUCUUCCUCCUCCGGAGGCAGUACCGGCACCACCUGGAGAAGAAGCAGCUCAGGCAGAUGCAGGAGGAGUUCCGGCAGGCCCAGGAGCGCCUGCUGAGGGAGGUGAAGGCCGAGGGGGGAGAGACGCUGAAAAACGCCUGCGUGGUCUGCUUGAGCGCCCCCAAAGCCUGUGUCUUCCUCGAGUGUGGCCACGUCUGCUCCUGCCACCAGUGCUACCUGGCACUCCCCGAGCCCAGGAAGUGCCCAAUCUGCCGCCAGGGCAUCUCCAGGGUGGUUCCUUUGUACAACAGUUAAAGGGCUCUGGCUGAGGAGGCAGAACGUUGGGUGUGGAAACUGCUUCUCCCCAAAGGGCUUUUCUCACCUCGAGUGGUUGAUUUGAGGGGAGGAAGCUGCCUCUUAUCCAGGGGUUUUUCUCACCUCACUGCUUGGUGCUUGGCUUAGGGGGAGAAAACUGCCUCUCACCAGGGGGGGUUUGCCACUUCACUGCUUGAGUGGUUGGUUUGGAGGAGAAAACUGCUUCUCCCCAAGGGGGUUUUGUCACCUUGCUGCUUGAGUGCUUGGUUUUGAGGGGAAAAAAAUGCCUCUUGUCAAGGUUUUUUUUUCCUCACCUCACUGCUUGAAUGAUUUUUGGAGGAGAAAGUUGCCUCCCCCCAAGGGGUUUUCUCUCCCUGCUGCUUGAGGGCUUGGUUUUGGGGGGAGAAAACUGCCUCUCCCCAAGGGGUUUUGUCACUUGCUGCUUGAGUGUUUGGUUUUGGGGAAGGGGAGGGAGCUUGAGUCCAUGGAGUGCUUUGAGUGGGGCUUCAAAGGUGACAGUCUGGCUGCUGGGGACUCAGAGCAUGCUUGCUCUGGAGGUUUUUAGGGUGGGAAAUGAGGAAUCCUGGCAAAUAACCACCAUGCUCAGCUGGGAGAUGCAGCUUCAACCUCCUCUGUUAAGUGCUGGGCUUUGAGUUGACUGCAAAAUCUCAUAAAAAUUGGGGGAAGCUCAAUUUUGGCUUCUGAGAGGCUGCAGGAUUUGGGGUGAUGCUGUCACCUGGCUCUAGAGACUGACUUUGAGCAGGGUGGGCUCUUGAAGAGCUUUUGUGAGGGGUUGUGUGGGCACAGGGGAUUUGAGGGUCAUCAUACCAGGAUGUGAGAGGGAGGAGAGGAAAAGGCUGUGGCUGGUUCUGCUGGAGUGGAAAACGGGAGGGAAGGUAAUAAAAUAGGAUGGAAAAUGUG